GUGCGGUAAAGGCUCUGUUGACUCAUCGGCGCAACGGAGGUAAGAAGUGGUACUGAACUUGACAAACCUGGUCUUGCGCACACGCGUCGUCUGUUUUUAGCAUGCAGCUUAAGAACAUUUAAUACAAACGUCUGGGAAGCGGAAUUAACAUGGCAUGUGUAAGUGUCUUUAUUCGCCUGAAUGCACGGACCUGCUUUUUGGCAUAGGACAAAGCGAGAGCUUUUUAGGUGUGCAGCUGAGUUUGGGAUUGGUGAAGAUAUGGGAGACCCUUCCCUAAGCCGGGACUGCCCGCUAGAUUGUAAGGUCUAUGUUGGCAAUUUGGGCAACAGUGGUAAUAAAACUGAGUUGGAGAGAGCAUUUGGCUAUUAUGGUCCCCUGAGGAGCGUAUGGGUGGCAAGAAAUCCUCCCGGCUUUGCUUUUGUGGAGUUUGAGGACCCCAGAGAUGCAACCGAUGCUGUGAGGGAGCUUGAUGGAAGAACACUGUGUGGUUGUCGAGUGCAAGUUGAAAUGUCCAGUGGUGAAAAACGCUCAAGGUAUCGAGGACCACCCCCUUCUUGGAAUCGACGCCCACGUGAUGAUUAUAGACGCCGCAGCCCACCCCCUAGACGCCGGUCUCCUAGGAGGCGGAGCUUUAGUCGUAGUCGGAGCAGGUCCCUUUCCAGAGAGAGGAGAAGAGAGAGGUCUUUGUCCCGCGAUAGAAACCAUAAACCUUCAAGGUCUUUCUCGAGAUCACGCAGUCGUUCACGUUCCAAUGGUCGGAAGUGAGAAAUGUUCAAGGCCAGCCUUGUCAGAGAAAGCAUGUCUGUGUGCUCCUCCUCAACAGACUAGGAUGAUUGGAAACCAUGAUGUUUUUUUUUUGUUUUUUGCCCCCAAAGUUUUUUAAAUCGUAUCUUCUCCAUAGUGUUCUGAGUAUCCUUUUUUACUUAAGAUAUCUGUGCUUAAUGGGUAGCAAUGAUUUCAUCCUGCCUAAAUUCCUGAUUGUAAUUUUAUGCUCUUUGGGCAAUAAAAAAGUUCUGAUUGGAAUAACUCAUGUCUGAGUUAGAUGGUCAUUUGAAACCGAUUUUGUAUACUUUUUUGUUUGUACUUCCAUUAAAAGAAGUUCCUUAUGAAUUCACUGUAUGACUUUUCUCUACAUUUCACACUGAUUAGUUGUUCAUGUUACUUGCAUUAAAAAGUUUGGUAACCCUU